UCUUCUAUGAAACCUUCCCUCAGAUGGAUUAUUUUAUAUAAAAAUGAAUUGUUUUAUUAAUCACGGAUAAUUUAUGCGACGUAAUUUAUUUGGAUAACACAAAUAUUAUCAUUAGAAAAAAUGGCAUCAACAUAUCGGAGAAAGUAAAAUGAAGAGCAAUCAAAAAAGAAAAUUCUCUAGUAAUUAAAAUCAAACACCGUACAUUAAAUUAAAUUGGAAUGAAAAUGAAUAAUCAAAGAGAAGAUGCACAGAGAAAUCGGGAUCGUAGGCUGCGAGACUUGCGUUCAAGAUCGAAUGCAUCCUCGCCGAUCGAAAAAUUUGAGGAUCUUCGUCAAGCGAUGAGAUUAAUCAAAGACCUAGAAAAUCAUGGACCAGCUGGUUUGAUCCAUCUUGCAGCUUUAGCUUACGUAACUGGUUCACCGAUAAGAAUUUGGGAUUCGCAACAUGAAUUAAGACGAACAGUUGGUGAAGAAAAUGAUGGAAUUCCGAUAGACGUAGAAUUCCAUAUAAUAGAUAAAGAUAAUACAGGUCAUUGGACCUUUCGGGGUAGAGGUCAACCGAAAGAUGUCCAUACCGAUCUAAAUAAUUGUCUUUUUUCUGUAAUCGCCGAACAAACAGGGAUAAAUGCUGCCGAAUUAAGACAAAGAACGAUACAACAAUUAAAAAGAAAUGUAAGAUUGUUAGCAAAUUAUAUGAAAGAGAUUCUCUGGUUAGAACAAAAAAAUAGAAUAGUUUUGUUGACUGGUGGAGCUCGAUAUAUCGGUACAUCGGCCGCGGACGCAUCAAAAAUCUUAGAUGACUCACAAAAUAAGCUUUGUCAUGGAGGUUAUUUUGAGGGACAUCCUAGAGGACAUGCUUCCGCCCCUUAUGCCUUUGGGUACUUGGAUAGCGCAGAAAGUUAUUCGGAAAACAAUUGGAAAAGCGCUUUUAUGAAUAGAGAUGAUCAAGACAAGGCUGCACAUGCCGCAUUGUCUAGUCCUGAAGCUCAAGCAGCUAUAGAAAAACUGAACCAAGGUUCGUACUCCGAACAGGUUUGCAUAAAUCUAAAUACUUUGGAUUCGUCAGAGGAAUUUAAUAAAGGUUUAGAAUUUAUGGAUGGUAAUCCCAUACGUCAAAGGAGAAUACGCCAACUUGUUCUUGUCUUACGUCAUCAACAGGACAAAUAUAAUGAUCCCGAGGGGGCUGUUUUCGUGCAAACUUUUUAUCCGAAGCUAUACUGAUCAAAUUCCUGAGAAAAAUAAAUGCUGAUCCGAA